GCCUGUUUCUUAAAAAAAACUUAAGUAGAAAAUCUUACUUAAGUCAAAAAAGACAAAGACUUUUUUGGACUUAAGUUUGACUUAAGUCAGAUUUUCUACUUAAGUUUUUUUAAGAAACAGGCCCCAGGGAUUAUCCUAUUAUACCUGUAUUUUGAUAUUAGCCUACUAGUACGAGACCAUAAAACUAAGCAUACUCAAAGCCUGAAUAACAAAGUUUCUAGUUUCCGGCGUAUUAAUAGUUCAAGAUUCCUCUACAUCUAAGCGACCUUAUGCUAAAUUAUCUUUUUUGGCCGUUUGAAGCUGCCUCUAGCUGGAAGCUAUUUUACUUCCAGAUCUCUAUAAGUGUAACGUUACCCAAACAGCGCUUCAUGGUAAUGCAAGACUUACUAUUGGCGAGAUCUAGAGUUCAGCAAGAGGCUAUAACACGAGGUUUUUAUUCUCAUAUACUCCUUUUCUGUACUAUAUCCUUUUCCCUUGAGUAUGGAUUAUGAUCAUCCUUAUUGAUGUCCAUACUGAUUUACCUUCAAUAGCGAUUUGGCGUAUUUAUGAUUUUGCUGGAAAUGCAUGCUUGACUAAACGAGUUCUUUAAUGAAUUUAUAGAGUCUAAGUAUGAGAUGCUUUAGUGCAGAAAUGAGAUCAUUUUCUAAAUCAGUAUCUGCUAUCGGUUCGUUUUUGAUUCAUUAAUUUAUUCCCAUCAACUCAGUAUGAUACGGCGAGAAUUUGUUAAACAUAGAUCUCACAUUCAUCAUCCCUUCUUCUUAAUCCUUAUCCUCGGUAACUUUUACGACGGAUAGUCAGCUCUUGUCAUUUUACUCUUUUGUAGGUAUAAAUUGAUAUGGCAUAUAUAUAGAAAAAUGUAAAUCUUGCAUUUUUAUAUAGAAUUAUAAAAGUUGAGUGAAUACUCAGUGUUCAUCAUCAUGUUAUGUUUAUCAUUAAAACGUUCUGUUUUUCUUACUACGAAACAUUUUUGUUCCACGUUUUACAUUCAGCCGAGUUUACGGCGCGAAACAGGCUUAAUCUAUAAUAUUACAACAAGAUGUAUUUCCAUAACAGACAAUUUCGGUAAUAUGCCUAGGUAAUGUUAAGUUAAUGGCUGAUAAAGCAAAAUUGCGUAUGUGUUACUUGAUGGGAGGGGUUACUUUGAUAUUCUUAAUGUUUUUAAGUUAGGCGUUCUAAAUUAAAUUGUAAGAUUUUCGGCUCAAACUAUAAUAUAUUCUGCUUUGUAACAACCAUAAGAAUUUUUCUUUCCUUAAAGCUACUUCACAUCACUCUAAUGUCAUACUGUAAGCUUAUUUUGCUAUUAACGUAAUUGAUGGAACUAUUGCUUUUGUAUUUAGCAAAAAAAGUUGGAAAAGUCGAAAUUGAUUUUGUUUAACUGAAUCUAUGGUUAUUCUGUUAAAAAAUCUAUCUAUUAUUGAUAAAAACUUUGUCUAUUUGCUACUCUCUUUGUUAAAGGCGUGCAAGAAGUGCUUUUGCUCCGUCACCGAAGUGCAAUUUUGGACCGAAGGUGAAUAAUUGAAUCAUUUUAAUAUAUAAAUGAAAAUAUUUGAUUACAUUUACGCUAAAAAUUUCAGGGAACACUCAAGAAAAUUCAGAACAAUGAUCAGCUCAUGUUAGUAAAAAUUUGAUUUUUUGCUCUAUUUAAUCACUAUCAUCGACAGAUAUCAUUAACAACAAAAUUAGUUUUGCUGUGUAUACUGUGCAUAUUUGUGCUCUCUUAGUAAAAAAAGUGUCUUUUCACUUUCUCUCAAUAUUUGCAUUUAUUUUCCACUAUUAUGUAGUGUUAUACAAGAUCCGUCGAGUCAACGUUUACAUUGGAUUAGUCCACCAAUUCAUAUUAUGGUUAUUCGAAAACCAGGUGCAUCAACAUUGUCAGAAUUUCGACAAAUAAUCAUUGAAUUACUUCGACGUAAUCUCUAUGUUUACAUUGAGGAUGCUGAACAUAUGCAUUUGCCAUUUGCAACGGAUGAAAAUCUGAAAAGCCAUGGUGAAAAUUGCAUCUCAUUUGAUCAAGAAAAUGAUCUGGAUAAAAUUGAUUUGAUUCUCUGUUUGGGUGGUGACGGUACACUUCUUCAUGCGUCAAGUAUCUUUCAAGAUAGUUGUCCACCGGUACUAUCUUUUAGUAUGGGUUCGUUAGGAUUUUUAACUCCAUUUGAAUUCAAAAAUCACUAUGAAGUCCUUAAUGAAGUACUUGCCGGUAAGUUGGGCUUUAUAAUAUGCUCAAGUGUCACCACGAGACAGAGCUGCAGAAUCUGCCUAUUUGCUCCAACAGUCGUCGGAGGAAAACUUAUUGAAUGGGAAAUUUUUUGA